AUCUGCGCGUGCAGGAGGCGAUUAGCCAUAUGAGACGCAAUGGACUCUUUCAAAAUGGCGGGCGCCAAAGAGACAAUCCCUUCAACUUCUGCCGCUAGGAUAGACGCACACUGUACAAGGACAGAAAGGUUUCCUUGCCUGUGCGACCCUGAUUGUCAUCGCAGGUAGAAGAUUUUGUCGUAAUGAAAGGAAGGCAGAGAUCUGUCACUUUGAGGCAGCGCCUUCCUCUGCGAUGUGAAGGCAGUCCUAGCCUUUUGCACCAAUUCUUGCUUUGCAUUGUUUGCCUGAACGACGUGGAGCCCACCCCGUGUGUUGUAGGGUCUGCGCGUAAGCUGCCGGACUAGUCUUUCGAUCAUGACCUAAUGCUGUUGAGCUUAUCAACCUACAAUUGCUGUGGCUCCGCAACUGUUUUUGUAGCGCUUUUGGCCAGCCUUCUGAAAGAGUCGCAUGGGCCUCAAGUUUCUUUGGUGACUGGGCAACUUGAAAGGAAGGACAAUACUCCACAGGGAUCUAGAUGGAGUCUCCAAAGAAGAAGAAGGUCCUGGAGAAGUUUGCCACGACGCUUCUGGAGUGCACCCUGCGGGUCGACGUCAAGAUCGGAAAGACCUACAAGAUCGAAGUGACCGAUGAGGGCUUCACCAUUCGCAAGCGGCGCCAAAAGCCGGAGGACGGCAUGCACUUUCGGUAUGAGAACGUGGACAGCUGUCAGGCAGACAACGACGGCAAGCAGCUCGUGUUGCAGAUCGCCCCCACAAGCCUGGGUUCCGGUGGGGGCCUCUUUCGCUUCAAGACGAAAGAGGCUGCUAAAAUUGCCUCUCUCGCAUCCCGCCUGGGGGUCGUGGCGGCCGUCCGAAAGGAGGCGCUCGCGCGUAUGGCGUCCGGACACUCGCUGCCCAGCAGCCCACGGUCGCCGGGCCGUGUGAACGGGCCCAGCUCGCCGUUCACACCAGCACAGAACGGGGAUCACUCCGCUGGACCCCCCACGCUGUCCCCUUCCCACCGUUCGGCUGCCGGUGGGUCGACCGUUCCCUCAAGCCCCGACUCCGCCACCUCCCGAAGCACUGCGUCCACAUUCGGGGGCUUCUCACAAGAGCCGAAGCACGAGUCCUCCGUACCCCCCGCCAAGAGCGUGGCUCCCCCGAAGUGGACCAUCUCACCCACUCCCUACGUGGGGGUCGACAGCGCCCUGGGAGCGCCCCCCCGCCAAAAUGCUACGAAGGAUGACGUCAGCGAGGGUGACGUCAGCAAGGAGGCCCUGGCCGCGGCGCUGAAGAAGGAGCUCGCGCGCUCGGGGGAUCCCUCCAGUCCCGCCUACGGCCGGCAGAGGAGUUCCGGGGGGGGCUCCCAGGGUUCGUCCAAGCCCCCCUCCGCGGGGAACUCCAAGGCGUCGAGCCCGAAGCUCCCGAAGCACAUUUCCAUUUUCCGGGGGGCCGAGGGCGGGGAGGAGCAGGGGGGGGCGUGGGCUACUGAAGAGGGGUUUAAGGGUUCUGCCAGAAGUAGCGACGACGGCUCGGCUUUCAAAUUUUCAAGUCGGUUGAGUCCAAGCGGGACGCCAAACCUAUCGCGGCAAAGCUCCGCGAAAACCGGAGCGUACUCGCGGCAAUCGUCUCUGGGGAGUGCGAGCGUGAAAGGGGAGGGGGACGGGGGCAUCCGGCUGCUGCCACGUGUCAGCUCGGGGUUCAACCCGUUCCUGACGGACGCCUUUGCAGAGCUCUCCCCCUCCGCUUCUCGCCGCGCGUCCUCCCUCCCCCCCCCGCCCACCAGCCCCAAAAAGGGGGUCUUCGAAGGCUUCGAGCAGUUCGUCAAGGUCGCCGGCGCCACCCCGCGCGCCAGCUCCGAGGGCAGCCGCCGCGCCUCCUCUGACGUCACCUCUGACGUCAGCCGCCGCAGCUCGGACGUUGCCUCGCCGCCUGAUCUUUUGAACGCAGAAACUGAUGGCUGCGCCCCCCCCAUCGUGGUCGAGAUCAGCCCCCGGGGCGCAAACGCCGUCGCUCCGGGGGGGUUGCUGGACGCUGAAUUCGGCCCCGGGACGUGGGCGCUCGGCAACGAGUGGUCGGACGUUUGUCCCCCCGGAGGAGCGGAGACCCGGUCUGCUUUGCCCCCCGGGACGAAAGAUUUGGGUAGUCCGCCAAUAAGACCCGUGCUCAGUGCGGCUGUUCCCAUUUCGGGCCAUCCGAACGGGGGGGCAGAACCCCUGCCUUCAGAUCUGGGGUCCGUUGGCGUCAGCUCGGCGCACAACACGGUCGCAGAUCCGCUUUCUGGGGGCCCACCGAAUUCGGGAUUCAGCUCCCAGCCCGUCUCACCUGUUGGCAACCCCUUCCGAGCACAAUACCCCGACCCGUUCCUAGCAGCGUUCGGCGCAAGCCCUGGGCAAAUGUCAGUCCCCGGGGCGGCCACUCGGGAGACGCUCGGUAGGAGCAAGUCCGUUAACCCGUUUUUAGAAACCCCGAUCGAGAACACCUCUAGCCUGCAGCAAUUAAACGCUCCUAUUUAUGAAGGUUUGCCAAACCCGUUUGCUCCGAACCACGGGGAUCAGACCUGGAAUGCGCAGGAACCCACCAACAGCACAGAGAUCAACCAAUUUUCUUCCCUAGCAAAUGGAAGCCAACAGAGAGUGGUGACAGCCCCCGUAGCCCCGCAGGUAUUAAACCCCUUUUUGGAACCCAAACCCCUGUCCUCUCAGAACGGGGCGCUUUUGCGGUCACAGACACAGCCCCCGCCCAGGAAAGAGCCGGCUUGGGAGACGUUCUCAACGGGUGACCCGAUCUCAACCCAAGCCGUUAACCCGGGGUUAACACGAUCUUCUACAGCACCGCCCACAGCUUUUUCGAACAGUAGUACUAUAAAGACAGGACCGUCAGGUAUUGGUUUAAGCCAGGAAGGCUGGGAGCCGUUUUACACCGCCACUCCCCAACCUGGAUCUGUUUACGGAGCGGUUGGUGUGAAGGCGGCCCCUUCUGCCGCUCCUGUGGCCCCAGCCUCGGGGGCCAAGGCAGGCGGUAAUGACGAAACAAUCCCGGAUGAGUGGGAAAACUUCGGACGUCAGAGAAACAUCAGCUCGAAAAGCAGACCGCAUGUAGCACAGUGGUAACGAUCGACUAGCCGUUCCUACUUAAUUCGACGCGGGGCAUUGACGGAGAGCAGGACCGGACUCUCUGGGCGUUGGUUUAAAAUGGAGCCGUUUUUGGGAGGCUGUAUAUAUGUCGUAUAUUUGGUAACAGGGUUGAAAAGGACAGGCUAGUUUCUGUGCAUCAGACGGUCUUGGAUAGUCACUGUAGCGCGUUCGUAGUUAAGCGUAAUAGGACCACUACGGUCUACCGGAAGGUGAGUUCGAUGGAGGCAACCGGAACAGGCAGGUGAUGGAAAAUCUCGUUGAAGCGCGCGAGCUGACUUGAAGUAAGGUGUGAGGUAUAUGCUUUCAAAUUGACAUUAAAUUUUGGUUACGUUGCACUGCAGCAUACCGCCCUGUCUUAGGGUUUGACGUUAUGAUUGCCGCAUCAUGUCUUUGUUAC